AUGGUUAUACGAAUAGCAACGCAGAUCACCAACAGCGUGCAGAGAGAAGACGGCUUCGCGAAUCUCCUCGGUCACAUCGGCAAAUGGCAGAUCUUAGUCUGUGCAACAGUAUCCCUGGUGAAACUAUCUUCUGGAUGGGUCCAAAUGGCAAUAUUAUUUCUCACACCGAAACUGAAUUUCUGGUGCGCCGAGUUCUCCAACUCUUCGAGGUUUGGGGACAAUUCGACAUGUUAUGACGACUGUUUACGAUACGAGUACGACCCUAGUCCGUUCGAGAAUACGAUAAUCACCGAAUGGGAUCUGGUGUGUAGCAGGAGUUGGAUGGCGAGCUUCACGCAGAUGGUGCUGCAAUUGGGCGUUCUGAUUGGCAGCAUUAUUUUUGGUUUCCUUUCUGAUAGAUAUGGCCGAAAGAACACCUUCCUCUUUUCAAUUGGGACGCUCAUUGUAUUAGGAUUCGGCGUCCCUUUCUCACCCGACUACAUCACCUUUACUGUACUCCGGUUCUUCUUGGGCAUAGCGACGUCUGGAACUAUGGUCGUCUCUUUCGUUCUAAUUAUGGAGACGGCGGGACCUAACUUCAGGGAGAUUUUAGGCUGCUUGUUCCACAUACCCUUUAUCAUUGGUCACAUGACAGUGCCACUCUUUGCGUUCUACUUCAGGAGAUGGGACACAUAUAGCAUGGCUUUGGCGAUCCCGCCUUUGAUAUACUUGGGUUACUUCUUCCUUUUGACCGAAUCGCCAAGGUGGCUGGUCAGUGUUGGCAGAGUGAAAGAGGCUACGAAAAUCGUGAAGAGAGCAUGUGAAAUGAACAACCUCCCAACAGCUAAAAUAGAGGAGAGCUUGACGAAAAUGGCACAAAACAUCCAGACCAGUUCGACGGGACCCAAGCUUAACUAUACGGCGUUAUUCCGCAAGUCGCUGCUCCUUAAAACACUGUGCUGCUGCAUUAUGUGGACCAUCAGCGGGUUGACUUUCUUCGGAUUCAACCAGUACAUUAGUCAGACUAGUCCAGAUCCAUUCAUCAGUGUUGCUGCGGCCGGAGCCAUUCAGAUCCCAUCAAACCUUUCAUCAAUUUGGUUGAUAAAACGCUUUGGAAGGAAGGUCACCACGACCGUGUUCUUCACUUUGGGAGGAAUCUGCGUGCUUAUAUUAGGAGUUGUGCCCAACAAAUUCUGGAUCACUCUGACCUUGGGAACUUUGGGCGUCAGUUGCUCAGCUAUAGUGGCUGCCACAAUAUACAUUUUCACAUCGGAACUCUUCCCGACCGUAGUCAGGAAUAUGGCGAUGGGUUCGAGUUCUAUGUCGAUGCGGAUAGGUUCCAUGAUUGCACCAUUUAUAUCUAAUUUGUCAAUGAAAACGUCAGUGUUACCAACACUAAUAUUUGGAUUUGCACCAAUUCUUGCUGGACUAGUCUGCUUGUUGUUACCUGAGACGAAGGGUACCACGCUACCUGAUAGUAUAGAAGAUGAAUGA